GUCCGGCCGGUCGGGAGCGAAGGCGGCGGCGGCGAGGCCAGGCCUGGGACCAAAGCUGUGAGGAGGAGCGGACGGAAGGUCGCGCGGCGACUGCGCGGGGCCACCUCCGUCGCUCGCCCCACCCGGCCUGCAUCCAGCCGCCGCGCCCGCCGCGCCCGCCGCACCCCCGGGAGAGGAGCUAGCCACCCUACGGACAUGCCGCGCUCCGGCCCGCCCGCCGCCGCCGCCGCCCCGGCGCCCCGAGCGGCCGCCCCGCACCCCGGGGACAGGGCUCCCUGCGCCUCGCGCAGCUGAGCGCCUCCAGAUCACCAUUCAGGAUUUUGAAGGUCACUGACCCUUAUGCUGGUGGUAAGCCAUGGCUGCUGAUGAUAAAGUUGCUAUCCUAACUGAUGAUGAAGAGGAGCAGAAGAGAAAAUAUGUGCUUGCUGAUCCCUUCAAUGGUAUCUGCAGGGAACCAGAACCACCUUCUAACGAAACCCCGUCCUCCACAGAGACGUCCGCCAUUCCUGAGGAGGAAAUAGACUGGAUAGAGAAGCAUUGUGUGAAAAUCAACAAUGACCUUCUCAUCUCCAAGGUGUUUUAUUUUUUCUUUUACUCUGCCUAUGGCUCUCUUUACCCUCUCCUACCUGUAUAUUAUAAACAGCUGGGAAUGUCACCUAGCCAGAGUGGACUGUUGGUGGGCAUUCGAUACUUCAUUGAAUUCUGCAGUGCCCCCUUCUGGGGUGUAGUUGCAGAUCGUUUCAAAAAGGGCAAAAUCGUCCUCCUCUUUUCGCUUUUGUGUUGGGUUUUGUUUAACCUGGGCAUUGGAUUUGUCAAACCUGCUACCUUGAGAUGUCUACCAAAGAUCCCCCCAACAGCUCACCCCACCAAUGUAAGCCACCCAGUAACUGUCCUGCCAACGAACUCCUCCACUGUUGCUUUCUUUACCACACCACCAAAACUGCUCCAGAAAAGGAACGUGCUGUCGUUGUCUGAAACCGAGCCCAAUAUCUCAGACCUCUUGUCAACAGCGUUGACCUUGACCAGUGAACCCACACUACGGCCCCAGACAGAGGGAAUUACCCACCAAGUUACAGGCUUGAUUUUGAACACAAGCACAGUGACUCUGCCCUCCACAGGAAAUGUCACCAGGGAGACAACCAUUGCUGUGGUCACCACCACUAAAUCUUUACCAUCUGACCAAGUCACCCUUGUGUAUGACCAACAGGAAGUUGAGGCGAUAUUCUUGGUUAUCUUGGUGGUUGUCAUAAUAGGAGAAUUUUUCAGUGCCUCUUCUGUCACGAUUGUAGACACAGUAACUCUUCAGUACCUGGGAAAACACCGAGACCGCUACGGGCUACAACGCAUGUGGGGUUCCCUGGGCUGGGGCCUGGCCAUGCUGUCUGUGGGCAUUGGGAUUGACUAUACUCAUAUAGAUGUGCUCAUUGAUGGGAAGGGGUGUAAGGCCCCCGAGUACCGGAACUACCAGAUUGUCUUCAUCGUCUUUGGAGUUCUCAUGACUAUGGCCCUGAUCGUUGCCACUCAGUUUCGGUUCCGAUACAACCACUUCAACAAUAGUGAUGGUAAAGGGAAAGAGGUGGAGAUCCCACAGGUAGAAAGGGACAACUCCACAGAGUCCUCCGAAGAGACUCCAACUGCCGCGACUCACUCGCAGGCCUUCAAUUUCUGGGACUUGAUCAAGCUGCUAUGCAGUGUGCAGUAUGGCUCGGUGCUGUUUGUGGCCUGGUUCAUGGGCUUUGGAUACGGCUUUGUGUUCACCUUUCUCUACUGGCAUCUGGAAGACCUAAAUGGAACUACAACCCUCUUUGGGGUCUGUUCAGUCCUGAGUCAUGUGUCCGAGUUGACCGCUUACUUCUUCAGCCACAAGCUUAUUGAGUUGAUUGGCCACAUCAGGGUUUUGUACAUUGGCCUGGCCUGUAAUACAGCUCGCUAUAUUUACAUUUCCUACCUGGAAAAUGCCUGGACUGUUCUCCCUAUGGAAGUUCUUCAAGGUGUCACACAUGCAGCCAUCUGGGCAGCAUGCAUCUCUUACCUCAGUGCAGCUGUUCCCCCUGAGCUGAGGACUUCUGCACAGGGCAUCUUGCAAGGCCUCCAUCUGGGUCUUGGGAGAGGAUGUGGUGCCAUGAUCGGAGGCGUGUUAGUCAAUUAUUUUGGGGCUGCUGCAACCUUCCGAGGGAUUGGCAUGGCUUGCCUGGUGAUCCUCCUCCUCUUUGCCCUGAUCCAGUGGCUGGCAGUACCAGAUGAGGAAGAAGACAAGACAAUGCUGGCAGAAAGGAUUCCCGUUCCCUCUAGUCCCGUUCCCAUAGCAACCAUCGACCUGGUACAGCAACAGACAGAAGACGUCAUGCCACGCAUUGAGGCCAGACUUCCGCCCAAGAAAACCAAGCACCAGGAAGAGCAGGAAGAUGUAAACAAGCCAGCCUGGAGGGUCAGCUCUUCUCCUUGGGUGACUUUUGUCUAUGCUCUCUACCAAGUUAAAGAGCUAAUGCAACUGACAAGAGACAGCCGUGCUUCAGAGAUACAACCUUUACAGGGGACCAGUGAGAAUCGGGAAGUCUCUCCAGAUGGUGGAGCCCAGCGUGCCCCACAUGAAACUCACUCUGACUCACCUAGAAGCCAGCCGUCCCCUGACACAGCAGCAUCUCAAACGCAGCAGUCCAGCCCUGCUCACCCCAGUGCUACCCCACAUGGACAGGGGAGUGGAGAGAAGCAGGCUCAGCCCACUGUGGGAGAACACUGAGGGUCAUCUCAUCCCCUGCAUGGCACUAGGCACCUCAGCCAGGACAGAGGGCGAGGCCCCAACCCUGACCAUGCCUCUGCAAGGGGGUACCGCAAUGCAUACGCUUCUAAGUAUCUAAACUCAUUACUGUGGAACAACACACACACUCGCGCGUGCGCGCGCGCACACACACACACACACACACACAUAUGCACAAAUGCACAGGCACAUGUGAUUACAUGUUGGCAGGAAAACGGAGACUUCCACAGUCCUGUAGAAACACAGAACAAUGUUGAGAAGGAGCCCCUGCUCUUGGUUAGUUCGGUCUGACCUAACUUCUCCACCAAGGUAAAAAGGGUGAGAAACAGAGCGCACACCAAGUUGGGUGAAUGAAAGGGCCUCAAGGUCAACAAGGACUUCAUCUCCCUCUUCAGAAUAUUUAUUCUAGAUAUUGGGUUCAUAGUGAAAAGCGAGAAGAAAAAAAGUAUAUCUAUAGUUUUAUUUGCCUUGAAGAAAAGCAUUUUAAAAAUUCUAAGACAUAUUGAAAAGGGAACCAGAUGGAUGUUAAUAGAACAUAUGCUUUUUUGUUGUUUAGAAAAGUUCAAAGUUUCACUGAACUUUGUACAUCCCUAGCAAAUAUAUUUUUAUAUGCACAUAGUCUAUAGUGAGCAUAGUUCUUUGGGAAGCAAAGCUGUUACUGACUACUGCAUACUGCUGAGUUGAGCUUUAAAAUGUCCUUGUUGCGAUGGGCUGUGAGAAUGAGCAGAAGUAAGAGAAUAUUUCUAAGAACCCAACCAACUCAGUAUCCUAAGGCAUGACAGACAAGGCUUUUCUAAGCACAUCCUUCUAGAGCAGCCUCUGUUGCUGUAUUUUACAGUGACCUGGGUUCUAAUUAGCUAAUGGAAUUAAAAAAACUCAUUGGAUUCCUAAGUCUUAAGCUAAAGAGUACUAUUUAUAAAGAGCAGGAUAAGAUUUAAGUGCCUGGAGGAGGGACAUGAUGUUUAAAAACUUACAUUGUAGGUCUGUUUUGUUUGUGAAGGAGUAAGGAGGAAGCCAGGAAUGGGAAUUCUGGGAAUAAGAAUGACUUUCUAAAGACUUAAGAAGUGAAUCUUAGCAUAUUCUUCUCCCUGAAACCAUAGUCAUACACUGAAAACCUUUGGGUUUGGGCUACAAACUACACCAGGUACCACUACAGAUAGAGGAUGUCUGUGUGACUGCAUGUAGUUUGCUCCUAGCAGGAAUGCAGAGGCUGUAAGAAGCCCGGGGAUGCCUGUGGAAGGGGGAUGCUGCUGUGGUUGAAUGAGGGUCAGUGAUACUGUGGAUGAACACGAGAAUGGCUUGAAAUGGAAGCUUACCCAGCCUCUAACCUAGGAGACAGGAUCACCUAUACAGGGAAGGCUUCUGCGUGGCAGCUCUGCCUGCCCCUGCAUCUGGAGGAAACACUGUACACCUGGAUGUCUAGUUUCACCACAAAACACAGCUUGCAAUGAUGGGAACAAUUAAGCAAAUGGUUACUUUUGCACUUGAAUGGUACUGCACUGUCAACCCCCAUGGCUCAUUUUAAGUGACCUUUAAAAUCAGAUGUAUUUAUUAUGCUUGUAUAAUUAUAGAAAUGAAGUGGGAGGCAGACUGAGCCCCACCUAUGAAUGUACAGUAUGUAGAUUGUGAAACUGACUGUAGGGAAUCAGAGCAUUGUAUCUUGUGUUUACAAUUCUGGUUGAUUUCUUUGAAAAGCUGCUGUUUUUGGAGAUGCAUAGUGGAUGUAUUGAAAUAAAAAGUAAAUACCA